AUGUUAGUUGGAAGAGCAAGCCAUUGGUGGGAAUCCUCAUCACGUACUCGCACCGAGGAGGAACAAUAUAAUUUAACUUGGGACCAGUUCAAAAUAGAGCUAAAAGAAAAGUUUUUCCCACAAGCUCUACGAGAUUAUAAGGAGGUAGACUUCUUAAGACUGGUACAGAGAGAUAUGAAAAUUUUCAAGUAUGAGAGCAAGUUCGAGGAAUUGUCCCGAUAUGCUCCACAUCUUGUAAGUAUUGAGCUCAUGAAGGCAAAACGUUACAAGAGGGGCCUGUGCCCAGAGAUCAGGCAGAUUGUGAGUUCACACGAUCUCACUACUUUUCAGGCAGUUAUGAAGAAAGCUCAAAUAGUAACCUAUUCGGGGGUGAAGUUGUCAAGUAAUCUUCCAUCCCAAUGUCCUAAGUGUAACAAGUUUCACAGAGGGGAAUGUCUGUAUGGAAAGUAUGCUUGCUAUAAGUGUGUCCAACUUGACCAUGUGGUUUCCUCAUGUCCAUCGAUUAAGAAACUCAAACAAGAGAAGAAAGGAAAAUCAAGGGUGUUUGCUCUGACUCACGACGAGGCUGCUCAAAAUUCGGACGUAAUCACGGGUAUUUUAUCCAUCUCUGGUACUUCUAUUUAUGUCCUUAUUGAUUUCGGUGCAACACAUUCGUUCAUAUCUAAUAUAUGUCUAGUUAAGAUUAAUGCUUCAUGUAAGAAGAAUGAUAAUGUACUAGAGGUUAGUAUGCCAUCAGGAGGAAUUAUUGAUACAAAUAGGAUAGCAAUGGGGGUAAAAAUAAAUUUUGAUGGACUGACGUUAGAGGCCGACUUAUCGAGAAAAGAAGAAUUCAGAUUUUGUGGAUUGAAGGUUAAGGCAUUUCCUCAUGUCAUCUCAGUUUUGAAGGCAAAAAACAUGUUGAGGAAGCCUGAUUGCCAGGGGUAUCUUUUCAAUCUAAUCAGCACCUCAUCUCAAAAGAAAAUAUUGGAUGAUGUGCCAAUAAUAUGGGAGUAUGCUGACGUGUUUCCCGAUGAUCUACUGG